AUGACAAACGAAGAUCCUUGUAAUGUGAAUACAUUACCUUCACGAAAAAUGUAUAGUGCCUUCAUGAGUAUGAGUAAUCAGUGCAAUGGGAGCACUGAUGCCCGUAUGGGAGUGAAGACUAAACUAUGGACUGAAUUAUGGAGAUACACGAAAAUUUUGAAUUCUCUGGACUAUAUUAUAGAAACAUGGUGCUAUGUGAACCAAAAAGUGGAAGAAAAUUCGGAGGAUAAGGCACCCUGCUGGUAUUUCUACUAUUGGAUAGGGGACCUACUAUCUAAGGAUUCGGGUACUUACACAUGGACGGAACCUAUGGGGACAAUUUACCAAGAACUGAAAACGCUAAAUAUCACAAAUGCCUGCGAAAAUGUGGGAACUAAUAUUGAUGUAACCAUAUUCGAAUAUAUGAAAAAAUUAUACGAUUAUUCCCAGGACCGUGACAUUAUACAAGCACAGCUAGAAGGCGGUGAAUGUUCCUGUAAAAAGCAAUAUCAGCAUUAUCUUCAGGAAGCGGAUUCAGCUUAUGAAUUAAUAAGUAGUUACUGUAAUGGCGAUCCCCCUAAGACGAAUGACUACUGUGACAAAUUUAACGAGUAUAAGCAACACAAUCCUCAGGAGCUCCUGAAAUUGGAAUGUACAUCAGCAUCCAAACCAGAGGCUGCAAGAGAUGAGCAUGUCAACGGUGACCAAACAGGGGCAGAACUACAAAUAAGAGGCAGACGUGGAACAGAUUCACCGUCCUCCACCAUCCCCAUUGGUACAGCUGUCUCUUCCACACUUGUCACAGUAGGGUUGCCCUCAAUCAUGUUUCUCUUAUAUAAAUAUAACCUUCUACCGUCCUGGAUCCACAACCAAUUUGGAAGUAGCAACAGCGGUGGAAGAAGAAACAGCAGAAAAAAAAGAUCAGGCUGCUCUCACUACGACACUUUAUCAACAGCACCUUCAACCGUAGCUUCAACAUACGAUUCUAUGGACACGUCCAUUGAAUUGUCAACAGCAGCAGACAAUUCUACCAUAUAUAAUCGUGGAUCACCUAGAAGAACUAAUAAUAGAAGGGGGAAUCGGCCACAACAACGGACACAAACGCAAGGACAAAGGGGAACCAAUAUAAAUUACGGUCGUAUGUAA